GCUGCGUACUCUCCCGGAAGUUUUGAAUGAAUUGUGCGCGGGAAUACUGAUUCAUCUAAUCGACGAAGUAGACAAAAUGAAGGUGGUAACGUGUGAGAUUGCAUGGCACAACAAGGAGCCAGUCUAUAGUCUGGACUUUCAGCACAGCACAGAUGGACGCUUUCAUAGACUGGCCACAGCUGGAGUGGACACGACAGUCAGACUGUGGCGAGUGGACAUGGGCCCAAAUGGGAAGGCAGUCGUGGAGCUCUUGUCUAACCUGGCCAGACAUACCAAGGCAGUCAAUGUGGUUCGCUUUAGCCCCAAUGGAGAGCUGCUUGCUUCAGGAGGAGAUGAUGCAGCCAUUUUUCUGUGGAAACUUAACGACUCUAAGGAGCCUGAGCAGGCCCCUGUGUUCCAGGAGGAUGAAGAUGCUCAGCUUAACAAGGAGAGCUGGUCUGUGGUCAAAACACUAAGAGGACACAUAGAAGAUGUGUAUGACAUCUGCUGGACACGAGAUGGAAACUUUAUGGUGUCUGGAUCUGUUGACAACACUGCAAUAAUGUGGGACAUUAACAAAGGACAGAAGUUGUGCAUCUUGAAUGAUCACAAGAGCUAUGUGCAGGGGGUGACCUGGGAUCCUCUGGGUCAAUAUGUUGCCACUCUCAGCUGUGACAGGGUGAUGCGCGUGUACAACACUCACACAAAGAAGAAGGCCUUCUGUAUAAGUAAAAUGAGCUCAGGGCCACUUGCAGAGGGAGAGGCCAAGCAGUACCGAAUGUUCCACGAUGACAGUAUGCGAUCCUUCUUUCGUCGUCUUUCAUUUACACCAGAUGGGUCCUUCCUGCUCGCUCCAGCUGGAUGUGUGGAGAUUGGAGAAAACAUCAUAAACACCACCUACAUCUUUUCCAGAAAAGGUCUAAAGAGGCCUGUUGCCCACUUGCCAUGUCCAACUAAAGCUACACUGGCUGUGCGCUGCUGCCCCAUCUACUUUGAACUCAGGACCAAGAAAGGAGAAGAUGGCUUGAGCCAGGCUCUUCCUAAUUUAUUCCAGUUGCCGUACCGUAUGGUGUUUGCAGUGGCCUCUGAGGACUCCAUCUACUUGUAUGAUACACAGCAGAGCUUUCCAUUCGGCCUUGUGUCCAACAUCCACUACCACACACUCAGCGAUCUCACAUGGUCUGGUGAUGGUUCCCUUCUGGCCGUGUCUUCCACGGACGGCUACUGCUCUUUCCUGUCCUUCUCUCCUGGAGAGCUGGGCACUCCACUGAAGGAGCCACCCACCCUGGAAGUUUUUGUCCCAAACAGCAGUGUUGAGAAAAAGGGCAAGAAGGCAUCAGUAGCCAAGAACUCACCUCCUGCAUCCCAGCCUUCAAGUUUAACUCCAAAUCCCCCAUCCCAAACCAACCUUGCUAAAGAUGCCUCUUCUCCACCCCCUCUAGAAGAAAAGAAGAGCACCCCUAAAGUCAAAUCUAAACCACAGCCCCGUAGGAUCACCCUCAAUACCCUGGAGGGAUGGGGGAAACCCACCCCCCCAAAAGCCUCUGCUUCUUUAGCACCUCGGGCCCCAGUAUCUGAGAGCACAAGUGCACCUUCUACUUCUCAAUUACAACUCAGUCCCCUCACCAACUCCUCCACAGCGCAGCCACGUAUUUCACCCCUAACUCCCUCUACACCAAAGGUCCUCAGUAAUGCUAAUACUCCCAAGUCCACCACCCCGAAGGCUACAACCACCCCAAAGGGGCCCACUCCAAGGAGAGUGUCUCUGACUCCCAUUGCAUCCCGUUCUCCAGCUAUUGGUUCACCUUUCGGCGCUUCUUCCUCCACAGAGAAGGCCAAACAUGAGCGUCCCUCUCCUCCCACUGAUCCAGUGUGCCAGCCUCCAGAAUCCAAACGGCCUAAGACCAGUGACGCCCCAGCAAAGACCAGUGUCAGCCAGGAUUAGUGUUUACUAGCAACAAUGUGGUAGCAGUUAAACGAGUUUCAGUUGAAAACCACUGAUACUCCUCAUGGAUGUAAGACUGUGCAUAAGUAUUGUUUUAGUGUUGAUGUUGUCUGGGUGUGAUCUGAUGAAGUGACACCGGUAUUCAGUUACAAUGUACAUUGAAGUCAGUGUUCAUAAAUUGAGUCUUAUUUUACUCCCAUAUUCUGUAACUUGCAUUAUAGAGAUGAUAUCCAUUUAUUAUGUUGUUUAUAGCUUAAAUGAUGUCCUGUAAAAUUAGUCAUGAACAUAAAUAUAAAUCUGAGCUGCAAGCUUGAAGACAAUAAAAAAAGUUCUUCGGGGGUUUGUGUUUGCUUUGACUAUGACCUGCAUUGUAAUUAAGGACUAAACCAGAAGUUUGAAUAAAACAUCUAAAUUUGUCAAGGACUUAAAUGAAAUUUUCCUUGGAAUAAAAACGUGAGUU